CCUCAAGCUACACACACCUAAAACAACAACAACAUCUCCUCCCUCCCAAACAACACCAUCAACCUACCAACCCACAAUGACCACCACCUCGCCCCCGCCAGCAAAAUACCUCCACGGCCACCACCCCUCCGUCCUCAAAUCCCACUCCUGGCGCACCGCCCAAAACUCCGCCGCCCACCUCCUCCCACACAUCACCCCCAACGCCCACAUCCUCGACAUCGGCUGCGGGCCCGGCACCAUCACAUGCGACCUCGCCGCCCUCGCCCCCGCCGGCCACACAACCGGCCUCGACGCCUCGCCCGCCGUCCUGACCACCGCCCGCGCCACAGCCGCCACCCGCCACAUCCCCAACAUCUCCUUUGCCCAAGGCGACAUCUACGCCCUGGCCUACGCCGACGCCUCCUUCGACGUCGUGCACGCCCACCAGGUGCUGCAGCACAUUGGCGAUCCGGUCCGGGCGCUACGCGAGAUGCUGCGUGUGGCGAGGAAGGGCGGGGUAGUCGCUUGUCGGGAGGCGGAUACGGCGGCUUCGGUGUGGUGGCCGCGGAGCAGGGUGAUGGAGGAUUGGCGCGACACGUAUGUGCGGACGGCGGAGGGGAGCGGGGGGAGUCCGUAUGCGGGGCGGAUGCUGGGGGUGUUGGCGCGGGAGGCGGGGGUUGAGGGGGAGAGGGUGAGUGUGGGUGCGAGUGCGACUUGUUAUGCGGGGGCGGAUCGGAGGUGGUGGUGUGAGAUGUGGGCGGAGAGGAUGCAGGGGGAGUUGAGGGGGAAUAUUCUGGAGGGCGGGUAUGCGACUGUUGAGAGGCUGGAUGAGCAGGUGAGGGUGUGGAGUGAGAUGGCGGGGGAUGAGGAUGCGAUGUUUACGAUGGUGCAUGGGGAGAUGAUUGUGAAGGUUUGAGGGCUUGAAGGCUUGAAGGCUUGAGAGGCUCUCACCACAUACGAGUGUCGAACGAAUAGCCGGUACACCAUUUUACUCUGUAUAUACUUUCAGGACACCAUUACUUUCCAACUUGACCACAAGAGACAUCUUCUUAAGCUUAGGUGUGAAUUCAUAAGUUAUGCUAUGGUACGUCUGCGUUGCAAGCAAGCUCUGGACUCUGAACGCUGCAAACGCAUUCUAGCUUGAAAUUACCCCAGCGCCCCCCAACACCAUGCAUGCAACAUGCUCUCCACAAUCCCACGUUCCCCUUCAUACAGCCUCAGUGGAAAUAGCACGCCAGAACGAAACAUCCACUCAGCCCUGCUCUGCCCCUUUCAAUCCCCUCCAUCA